CAUGUUUACUUCUUCUUGUCUAUGAAAUAAUAUACAGUAAAUACUUUGUUAAUUAACGCAAUAAUUAAGUGUUUUCAUAUCAUUUUAAAAAAAAGUUAUUAUACGGUAUCAAGGAUUUUCAAAAGAAAACGAGAAACUAUUUUGAAUACACAGACAGCAAUGAAUUAUUUUAAGGUAUUACUUGCGUUCUCGUUAGCCGUAGUAUGUUCAGCCCAAUAUAACACACAACAUACCACACCAAUCCCAAUUUUAAAACAAAUCAAUAGACACAACGAAGAUGGUUCAUACAGUUAUGGAUACGAAGCUGCAGAUGGAUCAUUUAAAAUAGAAAGUAAAUAUCCAGAUGGUCGUGUCUUUGGUAAAUAUGGUUAUGUAGAUGAUACUGGCAAAGUUCGCGAAAUCGAAUAUGGUGCAUCGAAAAAUGGUUUUGAACCAGCUGGUUCUGGUAUUAAUGUUCCACCACCAACCAUUAACAACAACAACAACCUUUCACCUUUAGGACCAAAUGAAAUUGAUGAUGGACAAUAUCGUGAAGAUCCUAGCAUUUACUACAAAAAUGACAAAUACAAUACAGCUCCAGCACCACGUCCAGUUUCAAACCCCGUCCAACCUCCACCAGCAUUCCGUUCUAACUAUCAACAACCACAAUAUCGUCCACAACCUCAAUAUCAACCACAACCUCAAUAUCAACCCCAACCACAAUAUUACAAUCCACAACCAGCUCCAGUAGCCCCACAACAAUAUUACAACCCAACUCCAAGAUACAACCCCGCCCCAGUACACGUUGAUCCAAAUUUAUUCCGCGGACACCCAGCAGCUAAUUUCGAUGUGAAUACUGGAUCAUAUUCGAUAAAUUAUUAAUUUUUAUUGUAUUAUUUAGAUAGGAUUUUUCAAUUUAUUUUUAAUUAAAUUAACGAACUUAAAAAUACACCUAUUUUUAAAAAAAAUUUCAUUUUUCUCUUCUAAGUCAGAAUUUUGGAUGUCGAAUGUGUUUUGUUUUUGUUUUCUGUACAUAUUGAAAGAACUAU